CGCUCCACCCUGUUCCGGCGCAUGUAUGAGCGCGGCGACCUGCCGGUGCGCGUGGAGCAGGCACGGCACAACACCAUCAAGUGGACCGCUGACCUGCCGGCCAUCGACCUGCACUACUACCUGCCCGUCUUUGUGGACGGCCUGCUGGAGACACAGGAGCCCUUCCGCAUGCUGGCCCGGCGUGGGGUGGAGGAGAUGGUGCAGGCCGCGGGCGGCGACCGCCUGCUGCCCGUCAUCCCGCAGCUCAUCGCCGGCCUGCGCGCCGCGCUGCGCUCGCCCAGCGAGGAGGUCGUCCAGGCGGCGCUGGCCGCGCUGCGCCUGCUGGUGGGCAGCAGCGAGGCGGCGGGGCUGGUGCUGCCACCCACCCACCCCCACCCCCCACCCCACACACACAGGCACCUGGCUGACAACCUCAACAUCGGCGACGCCAUCGACUAUGCCCAGGCCUCCCACCGAGGCUCCCUCGGGGACCUGGUGGCGGGCACGCUGCACGCGCUGGAGCGCGGGGGCGGCCCCGACGCCUUCCACCACAUCAAGUACCACGUCCCGCUGUACGAGAGCUGC